AUGAAGCGCAAUAAGAAGAAAGUACUGAUCAUCUCCGGGGAGAACAAGGAGCCCCAGGACGCUCUCUACGAGGGAGUGGAGCACGAAAUGGAUGCCUCAGAGGAAAAUGUGUUUAAGGUGAUUCACGAAGGAAAUGUAAAGGGAUUGCAAAGCUUCAUGAUGAAGAACCAUGAUGGUUUAUGCACAUAUGAUGAACUGAAUGCUACUCCCCUGCAUCAUGCAGCUGCCCAAGAUCAAGUUGAAUUGCUAGAGAUGAUUAUUGAUGACUCUUCUUCGGAAGGACUGAACAUAAUGGAUAUUUCAGGAAAUACUCCUUUGCACUGGGCCACUGAAAAAAAUCAGGUUGAAAAUGUAAAGUUACUUCUUAGCAGAGGAGCUGAUCCAAACCUUUGCAACAACAACUUGAUGGCACCCCUUCAUCUAGCGAUUCAAAGUUGUUAUAACGAAAUAGUGAAGGUUUUGGUUGAGCAUAGUAGUACUGAUGUCAAUUUGAAAGGAGAAAAUGGAAGCACACCUGUGUUGCUGGCCUGCUCCAAAGAUAACAGUGAAGCACUAAAACUCCUGAUGCAUCAUGGGGCAAAAGUAUGUAGAAAAAACAAAUUUGGAUGUUAUCCAGUGCACAUAGCUACAUUUUCAGGUGCCAAGAAAUGCCUAGAAUUACUUUUAAAGUUUGGUGAAGAACAAGGAAUUUCCAGGCAAUUUCAAAUGAAUUUCAUCAAUAAUAAAAAUUCAAGUCCUCUCCAUUUUGCUGUUCAAAGUGGUGAUUUAGAAAUGAUUAAAAUAUGCUUGGAUAAUGGAGCAGAGAUUAAUCUAGAGGAGACUGGGAAAUGCACUGCUCUUCAUUUUGCUGCCACUCAAGGAGCAAUAGAGAUUGUUAAACUGAUGAUAUCCUCUUAUUCUGGCAAUAAUGACAUUAUUAAUUCAGUAGAUGGAAAUAAUGAGACAUUACUUCACAGAGUGGCAUUAUUUGAUCACCAUGAACUGGCUGAAUAUUUAAUUUCGAUGGGAGCAAAUAUUGACAGUAUUGAUUUGGAAGGUCGUUCUCCACUUCUACUAGCAACUAGUUCUGCAUCAUGGAACGUAGUGAAUUUAUUACUUUCUAAAGGAGCAAAUGUAGAAAUAAAGGAUCUUUAUGGGCGAAACUUUUUACAUUUAACUGUCUUACAGCCUUAUGGACUAAAAAAUUUGAAACAAGAGUUUCUGCAGAUGAAACAUAUUGAAAAUCUUGUAAUGGAUGAAGACAUUGAUGGGUGUACUCCUCUCCAUUAUGCAUGCAGACAAGGUGUAGCUCUUUCUGUAAAUAACUUGCUUUGUUUGAAUGUUUCCAUUGGUAGCAAAAGCAAAGAUAACAAGUCACCCUUGCAUUUUGCAGCCAAUUUUGGCCGUAUAAACACCUGUCAAAGACUCAUUCGUGACAUGACUGAUACAAGACUUUUGAAUGAAGGUGACCAGAAUGGAAUGACUCCAUUACACUUGGCAGCAAAAAAUGGACAUGAUAAAGUAGUCAAGUUUCUCUUGAAAAAAGGUGCCCUAUUUCUCAGCGAUUACAAUGGUUGGACCGCACUUCAUCAUGCUUCCAUGGGAGGAUACACUCAGACCAUGAAGAUCAUUCUUGAUACUAAUGUGAAAUGUACAGAUCAUGUAGAUGAAGAAGGGAACACUGCCCUUCACUAUGCUGCACGGGAAGGACAUGCCAAGGCAGUUGCCCUACUUUUGGAUUAUGAUGCUCAAAUUCUCAUGAACAAGCAAUCAGCUACCUUUUUGCAUGAUGCCAUUCAUAAUAGGAGAAAGGAGGUGGUUAUUACUACCAUUAGAAGCAAAAGAUGGAAUGAAUGUUUGACAGUAUUCAAUGUUCUUUCUGUAACCAAUAAAUGUGCUGUGCUGGAGAUGGUGGAAUACCUCCCUGAUUGUAUGAAAACUCUUUUAGAUAUCUGCAUUGUGGAGUCUUCAGAAGAAAGGUCAUGCCAAAAUUUCCAUGUUGAGUAUAAUUUUAAGUAUCUUCAAAGUCCAGUAGAACUAAGAGAGAAAGAGGUCAAUGCCACAGUUUAUGGGCCACUUACCACACUCAAUGCAAUGGUAUUACAUAAUCGUAGAGACCUUCUUGACCAUCCUGUUUGCAGAGAAUAUUUACUUAUGAAAUGGAUGGCUUAUGGGUUUAGAGCCCAUAUGGUGAACCUUGGAUUAUACUGUCUUGGCCUUAUCCCUAUGACCAUUCUCAUUUCUAAUAUGAAGCCAAGUGUGGCUUUUAAUUCAACGGGAAACAUCAAUAGUACCAAUGGUGGAUCAAACUCCUUAGAUCCUCAGAAUUCAUAUCUCACAAAAGUUUGCAUGAUUUUAGUUUUUCUGUCAAGUGUAUUUGGAUUUUGCAAAGAAAUGAUCCAAAUCUACCAACAGAGAACAAAUUACUUUUUGGAUCACACUAAUCUAAUAGAAUGGAUAAUCUAUACAACUAGCAUCGUUUUUGUGUCACCUUUAUUUGUCAGUAUACCAGUUGAUAUCCAGCUGCAAUGUGGAGCAAUUUCUGUUUUCUUGUUCUGGAUGAACUUCUUAUUGUAUCUUCAGAGAUUUGAAAAUUAUGGGAUCUAUGUUGUAAUGUUGUUAGAAAUUACUAAAACCUUGCUGAAGACUACUUUUGUGUUUUUUUUCCUAAUCCUGGCUUUUGGCCUUGGAUUCCAUGUUCUCCUGGGUUCACAGAGUGCAUUCUCCACUCCAACGCUCUCUAUAAUUCAGACCUUUAGCAUGAUGCUGGGAGAUAUUAAUUAUCAUGAUGCUUUUCUUGGACCAUAUCUGGAUAAAAAUUUGCCAUAUCCCCUUGUAUCAUUUAUAUUCCUUAUUAUCUUCACCUUGUAUAUUCCAAUUGUUCUAAUGAAUUUACUUAUUGGUUUGGCAGUUGGUGACAUUGCCGAGGUACAGAAGAAUGCAUCUCUGAAAAGGAUUGCCAUGCAGGUGAAACUUCAUACCAGUCUAGAGAAAAAACUUCCAUUUUGGUUCCUUAAUAAGGUGGACCAGGAAACGGUCAUUGUAUAUCCUAACAGGAGGAAGAACUUUGGAUUAAUGAAUAUAUUUCAAUUCUACUUUUGUCCUCGAUAUACAAAGCCAGAAAUACAGAGCGCUGAUACCCCUUUAGAAUUGGAACUUUUAAAGCAGAAAUACAGGCUGAAGGAUCUUGCUUUACUUCUGGAAAAACAGCAUGAGCUCGUCAGACUUAUCAUUCAGAAGAUGGAGAUUAUCUCUGAAGCAGAGGAUGAAGACAAUAAUUUUUCAUUUCAACAAAAAUUUAGGAAACAACAAUUAGAGAGAAAUAGCAAAUGGCACAGUGUGCUAAAAGCAGUGAAAGCAAAAAAGAAAUUAUGUUUAAUAUCCCACAACUAG